UAGUGGGGUGUACCAGAGACGGACCAUUUGUGCAAACAAGUCCAACUAAUACGGAUAAACGAUUUUUAGCGAUAAAGGAUAAAAUAAAUAGAAACCCGAUACAUAGUAACGUUAUAUAUGCGUAUGCUGUAGAAACUACUGAGAGCGAUAUUAUAAGAUUUUCGACAAUGGCAUCACGCUCUCCAUCAUCUUCACCUGAUUCUGCCACAGGCUCAGGUACCGACCCAGCUCGGCCUGAUACAGGAGAGCCUCUAGGCGGAGGAUCAGACUCCGACUCAGAUCUAGGAUUAGGGAAAUUCGACUGCGGUGUAGAUGACCCGGGUCAUCGACUGGAAGGGGAGGAAUUGGAACACGAAUUUGAGGCAGCGGCAGACCGUCUCCGAGACCUAGUUCAGACCGCCAGUAGGGAACAAUUGUUGUACCUGUAUGCUAGGUAUAAACAGGUAAAGGUUGGAAAGUGCAAUACAGCAAAGCCUGGGUUUUUCGAUUUUGAAGGUCAAAGAAAAUGGACAGCAUGGAAGCAGCUUGAGGACAUGAGUGCAGAACAGGCCAUGCAGGAGUACGUUUCGUGUGUAACUUCGCUAGACCCAGACAGCAGUCAGAAGGAGAGAAGAGAUCGUAGGACAGGAUUUGGAGGCCCAGCAGUCAGUUCCCUCUACCAAGAAGAAAUGAUCAGGGAAGAAGACAAGAACAUCUUUGACUACUGCAGAGAAAACAACAUAGAGCACAUUACCACGGCUAUCAGUUCCAAGAAAGUGGAUGUCAAUGCAAAAGAUGAAGAGGGCCGGAAUUUGCUGCACUGGGCCUGUGACAGAGGACACAAAGACCUGGUGUCUGUGUUACUGCAGAACAGUGCUGGCAUUAACAGUCAGGAUGACGAGGGCCAGACAGCACUACACUAUGCGUCUGCGUGUGAGUUUGCUGACAUAGUGGAACUGCUUCUACAGGCUGGGGCAGACCCUUCCAUGAAGGACCAGGAGGGCUCUCUGCCCGAGGAGGUCACUGAAUCCAGCACCAUCUCCUCACUGCUGCGCCAGUACACUGCCCCCAAGGGCUAGGCCCAGCUUCGCCACCCCCUCCCCUCCUGCCCACCCCACCCCACCCUAGACCUAGCAUCCAGCUCUCUCAGUAAUGGUCAUCCCAAUCUGAAAGUGCAACCCACCACUUCAUCAUCUAUCAUGUCCCAUUCCAAGGAAUGCAUCCAUCAUCAUCGCUAUUAAAAAAAUGAGUUUCUCUCUGACUUUUUCAGACCACCUCCUUUGAUGACACUUCGGAUUUUGUGUUACCUUCACUUGUCUUGUGUUUCCUGAUUAUUAUUUUUUUAUAUUUGAAAGACAUUUGGAGAGCUUAUGUAUAUUGGUAAAAAAAUAAAAAAAGAAUCACUUCUACCUGUUAUUA